UUGGUUGUCAUGGAUACCUGGGUCACAUGCGUGGGUUUCCCCGAAGCCAGCAGCAAAAUGAUGCGAGCUAGCUAGCUAGCAUUGUUACUGCCAUUUUCAUUCAGAUUUCAUCAAAAGGCGGUAGCUAAGUUAGCAAGCUAUAGCUAGCUACAGAUGAACAUACAUUGAGAAUGGGUAUAACGCCAACAACAUUUGUUGCAAAAGGCUGUGUUUGGGAACGUAUUAUUCAAGUGAGCUGUCAACCCUUACAAGCCUGAGCUGGAAUAUCCUUUUUUGUUUUUUAUUCAUAAAAUAGCCGGCGGUAUUUGUAUUAUUUGCCUGACUCUUCAAAGACCUAUUAGAAAUGAGUAUUGAAAUCCCAGACGGAUUGACGGAGCUGUUGCAAAGCUUUACAGUGGAAGUGUUGAGGAAUCAGCCAGGAGACCUUCUGGACUUUGCCUUGCAUUAUUUCAUCCAACUGAAGGAGAAUCAGAGAGGAUCCGCCUUUGACAAUGCCCGAGAUUCGGCUAACGGUCGAGCUGGCGAUAAUGUUAGUAGUGGAAGAUCGGUCAAUUUUGCCGAGGAGACAAUGCAAAUUGAUUCGGAAAAUGAAGAAGAAGAAGAUGACGAUGAGGAGGAAUUCGUAGCUCCAGUGAUCAACAGAUUCUUGAGAAGAUCUUCAGUGUGUGCUGAAGCAUUCAACCCUGAUGAGGAGGAGGAGGACAAAGAUCCCAGGAUCACCCAUCCUAAAACCGACGAGCAGAGGCACAGACUACAGGAGGCCUGCAAAGACAUUCUACUGUUCAAAAAUCUAGACCCGGAGCAGAUGUCCCAGGUACUGGAUGCAAUGUUUGAGAUGUCAGUGGAGGCUGGCGAACACAUUAUAGACCAGGAUGACGAUGGGGACAACUUCUAUGUUAUUGAAAGAGGGACCUUUGAUAUCCUGGUGAAAGCAGACAGAGUGGAGCGUGUGGUGGGUUCCUAUGACAAUCAGGGCAGUUUUGGCGAGCUUGCCCUGAUGUACAACACACCCAGGGCUGCCACCAUCAUCGCUACCUCUGUGGGAGCCCUCUGGUGCAUGGACCGACUGACGUUCAGGAGGAUCAUAGUAAAGAACAACCACAAGAAGAGGAAGAUGUACGAGGCUUUCAUCGAGUCACUGCCCCUGCUCACAUCCCUACAGGUCUCUGAGAGGAUGUGUGUGGUGGAUGUUCUAUCCUCCAAGACCUAUACUGAUGGAGAACAGAUUAUAGCUCAGGGGGCCACAGCAAACUGUUUCUACAUAGUAGAAUCUGGUCAAGUACGAAUAACAAUGAAUACGAGCAAGUUGAAAAAGGAGGAGGGAGAAGGGGUGGAAGAGGAGGUGGAGAUUGCCAUGUGCACCAGGGGACAGUACUUUGGAGAGCUGGCUCUGGUCACCAACAAGCCCCGGGCUGCUUCAGCGUACGCUGUAGGAAACGUCAAGUGUCUAGUGAUGGACGUGCAGGCGUUUGAGCGUCUGCUGGGCCCCUGCAUGGACAUCAUGAAGAGGAACGUCGUCAGCUACGACGAGCAGCUGGCCGCGCUGUUCGGAAGUAACACUGGCAUUCACGACAACGACACGGCGUGAUAGAAUACACUCGGCAAAGACAGCUGAGACGGGAUGUUUUUUUAUAACAAGGGACUCCUAGACUCUCUUGAGGGGCCAAAUACUCCUGGUACUGAUCUAGAGGUUUGUUCAUACUGCAAACUCAUACUUCAUAUGAGAUGAAUCCCAUUUGUAUAGUUUUAGUAUUUUGUAUGAUACAUGAACAUAGUGGUGUUUGUUAAUAACCUUCAGAUUCAUUCCUGGCCUUAUAUACAAAUGGUACAUAUGAAGACACACUUCCAUCAGGUUUGUCUAAUAGAUGAAUUACGUUACGGCUUUUGAUUCAAAAUGAAACAUUGGGGUCAUCUAUUGUCCAGCAUUGAACCUUCCCUCCCGGAAAAACACUUUAAAUAGACGUUGCUAUUUUUUCUUGUUGUUGUUGCCUAUAAAUGUUACCACAAGCAUAUGAAUUCAUAAUGAAAUUAGAUUAUACUUGAUGUUUCUUAUCUCCCAAGUGUAUUAGCUACUUUUUAGAGUAACAUUUUAGUCUGGACAAUUUAUGUCCUAUGAAAACAACAGUUUUUUCCAGAGGAAGAAAUCAACACAUGGUAUAUUUCAGUGUAUCUUUCACUUGUAGUUGUCAACUUAUUUUUGAUUAAAUUGAACAAUGCAUAUUGUAAUUGAAGUUUAAUAGUGCUGUAGUCCUGAGUUAAGCAUUUAUGAUCUAGUUGGUAAAGAGCAUUAAUUAAUAGCCAAUAAUUUGUUAAACUAACGUAUUAUAUUUGUUAAAUCAAAUGGGACAUUGACACAACUUGGUGCUCUGUAGCAAAAACAAAGGCAGUAUUUCCUGACGAAUCCAUGUGAAGUUGGUCUAAACAGAGCCAAUUAAUUCAUGGACUGUGUUGCUUACUUCAUUUUUUUCACUAGUUAUUGUGUUAUAAGCUGUUAAUAAAUUGUCAGCGGAUGUUUCUUAGACACAGUGUCUUUUCCCAUGUGAUUUUUGAUGUAUCCGUGGGUGUUUUGGAGAGCUGAUUUUGAGCUCAAUAUUUCGAACAGGUGAAACAGACAUAGGGUGUCUUCAUAAGGGAAAUAUCAGAUAGGGAAAUUCUCUUAGCAUUUUGCAUAUUGCUGCUAGACCUACGUUUGGUACAUAGUGUCUUUGGUACAGUCUGUUAAAAAAUAAAAUAUGUGUUGUUUUUGUCAUUCAUGCACUGCUCUCCUUAAUAGCUUCAUACCGUAUUUGACUUUUUGAACCAGAGAUUUCAUAAAUGUCAUUAUUCUAACCUGCCAAUGCAUUUGUCAGAUAGAUGUUCAACCUUCAAUGCAAGUGAAUCUCUAAACCAGUUUUAUCAGUCAACUGAAAGGAUUUAUCUUGCCUACCUCUGCACACAAUUACUUAUGCCAACAACAGGUAUCUGCAUUCCUUGUUUCGUGGUGUUAAUGGUUGUGUUCUGUGUGUAAAAACAGAGUUCAGUUUGUUUCAUUGAAUCUUUUGUUAAGUUUCCACACCGACACUUGCUUUGCAGUUUCCCCCUUUUUCUUGUUAUAUUGUUACAAUUACGCCUCAUUUCCUGAGUAGUUUCAGUAUCUUAACUGUUAUUUGAAUUUCCAUUGCAAUAAACUUAGGUUUUGUAUAAAUAA